AUGGGAUUUAACAAGUGCACGGCUGGUGAUCCAAAGACCUGGCCUGCUUACAUACGACACCUAGCUCUUUUCAAUGUUUCAAUCAUGGUGUUUCUGGCCAACAUGUACGUCGCUGGUCUUGCGACAGGAUUCAGCGAGCUAGGCAUGGAAUUCCGAGUCGAUUCCAGCCAGUUGGGGAAAACUAUAGCGUAUCCUGUGCUAGCUCAAGGCGUCGGAAACCUCUUAUGGACCCCAACGUCGAUAUGCUUGGGAAAGCGUCCGACAAUAAUCGCCGCUUUGCUUGUUUUUCUAGCUGGCACAGUUUGGAGCAUCAAAGCCACCAGUUUCAAUAGCCUUCUUGCUUCUCGAGUGAUUGGUGGGUUUGCCGGCGGCAGUAUUGACUCUCUAGGGCCUGCCAUUGUUUCCGAUCUAUACAUGGAGCGCUAUUUUGCAACUGCUAUGGCCGUCUUUUCUUUUUUUCUAUCUGGAGGCUCUCAGUUCGGACCCAUGAUCGCCGGCUUUCUGAUCGAAGCUCGAGGUUGGAGAUGGUUUUUCAUUCUGUGCUCUAUCCUCAUCGCCGCGAACUUGAUAUCGGUUUUAUUCUUUUUCCCCGAGACAAACUAUCGCCGUAUUUUUUUUGAUGAAGGAACUGCCAACGAGGUCGACAAACAGGCUUCUCAAAUGAUCGAGUUUCAAGAAGAAUAUACAAGAAGCGACUCGACUCCAACAAGUUCUAGCCUCACGCCACAAUACGCUGGUUCAUACUGGAAAGAUCUUGUGGAAUUCAGAAAUAGAGGAGUUGAUAGAAAUGGUCUUUAUGGUUGGCCGCGACAAUUUUCACUCCCGUUUCGCUUUAUCUUGGUCCCUCAGGUUCUCUUUGCGACAAUCUCAUAUGGCAUAUUCCUUGCGGGUACGGUAAUGGUGUCGACAAUAUCACCUCAGCUUUUAGCUCCUCCUCCGUACCUCUUCACGUCAUCAGCAAUUGGCCUUUUCACUCUAUCAUCCUUCAUAGGUAUAGUUGUUGCAUAUCCCAUUGCGGGGCCCUUGACCGAUUAUCUUUCACGAAUUUUGGGACAGAAGUAUCAUCCAGAAACUCAUGUCCCUGAGGAUCGUUUACCUGCUUUACUUGUAGCGUUUGUUAUUGCACCCCCAGGUCUCCUUGUAUAUGCCUAUGUUAUCUCCAACCAAGGAAGUGUUUAUGCUGCGGCAACAGGUUACGCCAUGCAAAUCUCUGGACUGGUACUAGUCCCAUCUACAGUCUUAUCUGUUGUUGUUGAUGGAUGGCCGGAGACUGGCUCAGAAGCAUUGGUGCUUAUCAAUGCAGGUAAGAAUGCCAUUGCAGCUGGCGUAACACUCAGUUCGGCGGACUGGUUGACCGGCGAGGGGCUUGUCAAGAUGUGUUGGGAAAUGACUGCUAUUCAGUGGGUCAUUCUAUCACUAGGGGUCAUAGUUUAUUUCUUGGGUCCGUGGGCAAGAAAGAAAACAAUGUGGCUGCUGUAG